CCAAAAGGUCCUUUUUGUAUUUUUCAUAAAAUCAUACGACUCACCGGGAGGGAAGGGCCGGAAGAUACAGAAUGCAGAAAAGCCGCAAAAGAAAGCAACAGCUCCGACUUAAACCAGGCGAAUCCGAAACGAAACCAGCCAAAAUCAGCAUUCCUACAAAACAUGAUCCAUACCCAACUCACCCUCGACCCACCCCCGAAGAAUGCCUAGCUGUUCGAGACUCUCUUUUGGCUUGUCACGGCUUUCCUCAAGAGUUCGCUAAGUAUCGGGAGCAGAGACGGAAUUUAUCCUCCCUUGUGAUCGACACUGAUGCUCAAAAUGGCGUGAAAUCAGAGACGUUAGAUACUGGAGAAGAAAGUGUGUUGGAUGGUUUGAUAAAAACCCUGCUUUCCCAGAAUACUACUGAGGUUAAUUCUCAAAGGGCUUUUGCUAAUCUGAAAUCUGCUUUUUCCACAUGGGAAGAUGUGCAUGCUGCUGAAUCGAAAUGCAUAGAGCAUGCCAUACGAUGUGGAGGUUUAGCUCCAAAAAAAGCUUCUUGCAUUAAGAACAUAUUGAGUUGCUUGCUAGAAAAAAAGGGCAAACUAUGCUUGGAGUACCUUCGAGAUUUGUCAGUUGAAGAAAUUAAAGCUGAGCUCUCUCAUUUCAAGGGAGUUGGGCCCAAAACGGUAUCUUGUGUUUUGCUGUUCCAACUUCAACUAGAUGAUUUCCCAGUGGACACACAUGUGUUUGAAAUUGCAAAGGCCAUUGGCUGGGUACCUGAAGGGGCAGACAGGAAUAAGACAUACCUUCAUCUUAAUCAACGGAUUCCAAAUGAGCUUAAAUUUGAUUUGAAUUGUCUUCUAUUCACUCAUGGUAAGCUUUGCCGUAAAUGCACCAAGAAAGGGGGCAACCAGCAAAGCAAGGAAUCCUGUGAUAACUCCUGUCCACUACUAAAUUACAGAGUUAACUUAUAGUGUUAAGUCAACUGGGGAAAUUAAUUAACGAUAUUCUCUUUAUCAGCCUUAAUUGGUCCUGGUUCUAGUCCACUUGUUUGCUCAAAAGAGAAAGCAUUGCCUUUCUGUUAUCUGGGCCUCUGUAAGAUUUGGAUCAGUAGACCACAUUGAGGGGUUUGCUUAACAAAAAAGAGGUCAGGUUGAGAUCUACUUUCCCAUGUACAAUUUAGGAGGAGGUGAUUUAUAGGAACAAAGCAUAAUCUUGUCGUUCUUAUUUUCAUAGGCUAUAUAUGUGCUUUAUAUACAUUUGCGAUAUUUCUGUUUAUUUUUCCCCUAAAGCAAGAAAGCAAUCUGGGAUGAAUGUCAAGAGAUGAAAAAAGAGGGGGAGUAAUCAGAAGCAUUAUUGUUAGAAAUAAUUAUAGCUUAUAGGAUAACAACAAAUCCAAUAGAACCAACUUUCAUUAUUUCCCAAAGUCAUUAGAGUGUUGUGCAACUAUUAAGCACAAAAACUUUUUUUAAUACAUAAUAUAAUAGUAGCUGAUGACUUGAAAUAGCUGUAAAUACAUGCAUAGGGUAAUAAGAUAUUGUUUUUGCAUAUUUUGAAGAUAUGCCCUGAUCUUCUUGCUUUCCUUUUUGUAAUAGAUAUACUUACAUCAGUUUCCACUUAUUAAGUAAAUACUAAGAACUCUAGCUUGCAAUUUCACGAGCAUGAGACUGUAGGAAUUAUUGCAGAAGCGCUUAUGAAGUACUAGCUGUUAAUCCUCUGGUCUCCAGUGGAAAUUAGUUUUGUAGUUAGUGCUGCAUAGCUAACAUUUUGACUUCUUUAUAUCUUUAUUUAUUUUUGUUCUUUUAUCAUGCACUUCAAAAUGCUCAAGUGGUACCACAACUGCAUGUCAAGGUGCCAAACUCCUAAUAGAUUGCACUUUUGCUGCUACUAGUGUGGUGUGCUGUUACUGGAUUAUUAUAACAAGAUCUUGCAUCUCUUUGUUGGGUAGGGUUGGCAAAAUUUGGUUAAACC